AUGACGGUCCUGCUGCUGCAGGGUCGCGUCCUCGUGACAGUGUGGAGCCUUUGGCUGGCAUCGGGAAGCAACGAAACGGGCAUCGGCGAGGGCAGGCACGCGAGCCAGUGCGGUGAAUACAGCAACCAGGCGACAGCGAACGGCACGUGCCGGCUGGUGGCCACCGUGCCGCAGCUGGAAGGCCGGCGCUGCCCGGACCUGUUCCGCUGCACGGACGAGGUCUCCUACUGGCUGCACGAGAAUGAGGAGCACAAACAGCAGAUGGCAGACCUCAAGGAGACAAUCUCUGAGCUCCAGGAGGAGCUGCGCAACCAUCGGCAUCGCAUCAACGUCCUGGAGCUACAGCAUGAAGAUAAGAACAACCUCAACUUGUCUGUGGGGCAAAGGUUCCACGCCCUGGAGCAGCGGAAUACAGAGGCCGGCACUCUGCUUCACAUCCAUGGUGCCCUCAUCUACGACAUGCAGAUGCAGUUACGCAACCUCUCCGUGCUGGUGGAGAAGGUGCAGCGCAACCCCGGCUGCAUGAUCAACAUCAUCCGCACCAGCCCCCUCCUCAGCACCCAGGAAGCCCUGCAUCCAGAGGUCCAACAUGUGAGAAAUUGCCCUAUUGACUGCGCCUCCCUUUACUACAAUGGGGUGCACACCUCUGGAAUCUAUAUUGUGGUUCCUUCACUGAGGACAGUGCCAAUUGAAGUGUUUUGUGACAUGGAAACUGAGGGUGGUGGGUGGACAGUGAUCCAGCGACGUCAGGAUGGCUCAGUAAACUUCAGCUGCAGCUGGAAGGAGUACAGGGAAGGUUUCGGGGACCUGCAGACAGAGUUCUGGCUGGGCAAUGAGCAUAUCCAUGAGAUAUCCAGCCAGGGAGACUACAUGCUGCGCAUUGAUCUGGAAGACUGGAAGAGCAAGCACAAGCAUGCCCUCUACGAGAACUUUCGCGUGGGUGAUGAGGAGAGCGGCUACCGCCUUCGUGUGACUGGCUUCAGUGGCACCGUGGAGGACAGCUUCAGCUGGUACCAUGACAAGCAAAGCUUCAGCACUCCCGACAUGGGGAACAUGUGUGCUGAGAUCGCGCAUGCCGGCUGGUGGUACCAUCACUGCUUCUACGCCAACCUCAACGGGGUGUACUACAAGGGUGGUCGUUACUCAGCCAAAGGAAAGAAUCUGCUGGGUCCAAAUGGCAUCGUAUGGUACUCGUGGAAGGACUCGGAUUACUAUUCACUCAAGAAGGUGAGCAUGAUGAUCCGCCCGCGCACUUUCCGGCCACGCCUGUCUCCAUGACAACCAAAGCACCGCCCCCCUUUGGCCGUAAUGGCCGAAGACGACAGUGAUAAUCAAGGUCACAGCAACGGCACUGCGGCAGUCUGGACUUAUCUGUCGACUUCCUGGCUGAUAAUUCUGAGGAUGAGAACACAGCUGCCGCUGUUUGCUGUGGAAAAUAGCUGAAAACAUUUUACAUUUUGCCUAGAGAAUGCCGGCAGUUAAGUCUUUUGUUUGUCAGCUGAAUGCUUCUAACUGCAGGCUAAUGCACUUUAAAAUUCUGAAGAAAAAAAAAAUGAAAAGCAGGCUGGAAAAGCUGUGUCAAAAAAUAAUGAAAAUUAAAUACUUAUAAAAGGGUGAUGGAUAUAAUUGAAGGCAGUUCAACAUGGAAUAGUCUCCAUCUGCACAGUUUUGCAUACUACUUCUGUGUGUUACAUUAUCUAACUCACACGGCUAAUGAUGUAUGUUAUGUAAUAUUCUUGCAGGCAUUGUUGGCUGUUGAAAACUGUAUCUCUGUAAAUAGUUUAUUAUGCUUUCCUUUGUUAGGGCGGUAGAGGUUGCUCCAAGCAGUUUUCUCAGGGUAAACUUGUAGGGAUUUAAUAUAUGCUGAGAAAGUGUCAGGGUGAUAUUGGUGAACGGUUUUGUUUCACAAACUAGAGCAAUUUAUUGAAAAAAAAUACAGUUGCACAAGAUUUCAUAAGUAAAAAAAUGAAUGACUGAUGCCAUGUGCAAAGAUGAGUAGUGCUGAAAAUAUCUGGGCCUCACAAGUUUGAAAAAUAUGUUAUUUCCAGGUCUACUUAAGUGUAGAAAAAAAGGCAAAAAGUUUUCUGCUGUUGAUUGGGACAGUGCCAAGUCCCUUAUCUCCGAACGCAGGCUGUCACAACACAGCUGUCAGUCCGCUUCUGCCCAGAUAAACGUAUCUUCCGCUGCCCAAACAGCUCGACACAAUCCUAUCAGAGGAAAAAAAGGGGAGAGCCAUAGAUAGACCACAGAGGAGUCUGGGAAAUGGCACACGGCUUUGUCUAUAUGACAUGACAUCACCCCGGGGCUUUCAGAAGUGAAGGACCAGACCCUUUUGACCUAUACUGGUACCUUAUGUGACCUUGGCUUUUGCUCUCCUAUGCUGUCCAAAGCAGAACUAAACCUGUAACCGAUAUGCUUUCUGAAAUGGGCUACUAAAUUAUAUAAAAAUAAAAUACGAUAACCCUUAAAAAACCUUUACGGGAUAAUGGGGUAAACAAAAUCAAAGGAAAAAAAUGCAAGUAGGAUAAUGGAGAAAUCAGCACAUUAUGUCAACCUUAUGGUUGAUUACAGGCUACAUAUGUACACAUUACUAUAUAUUACUAUGCACAAAGCUAAUUCUGUUUUUUUUGUUUAUGUGAAUUAUGCUUUAUUUUCCUUAUCGAUUUUUUUUUUAAUGUGGAGCUACUUAAAUUUACGCCAGAAUAAAAAUAUAUAAAAUAUAUUUAUGCUAAAUAAAUAUUUGGGGUAGGU